AUGUGGGAGUCAAGGAGCCAGAGCUGAAGGACUUUGGGAGCAGGAUGGGACGUUUCAUUGGAACUAGGAAAUCUGGGAAGAGAAGGGUCUUUAGAAGCGCCAUGGCUCACGCCUGUAAUCCCAGCACUUUGGGAGGCCGAGGAAGGUGGAUCACAAGAGAUGGGGUUUCACCGUGUUAGCCAGGAUGGUCUCGAUCUCCUGAUCUCAUGAUCCGCCCGCCUUGGCCUCCCGAAGUGCUGGGAUUACAGGUAUGAGCCACCGCCCCCGGCCCCUACAGUUACUUUUGUACAAGUGCUUUGCUCUGGGAAAUUAGGUGCCUUGUAAUUGUUGUGAUUGAUAAUGAUGACAUUGGAGAAGGAACAUAAGACGAAGGAAGCUGACUCUGGGGCUGUCAAAUCUCUGCUAUAUCAGUACUGGCUAAAUUAGGUGUUAAAUGAUUGAGCUUCAAGAUGGGCAAAUCAUGACUUCGGACUACAUUCCUCCUUGCCUGGCGGCUGGGAAAUUCCGUCCGCGCUGCUGCUAAGACUUGAGAUGAAAGAUGCUCCGGGGACUCCGAGUCAACAGCUGCUGCAGCGUGAGCCAUACCCUUGAUUCUCCUAACUAGCACCUUCUCUUCUCCCCUGACUCAACUGGUAGUCCCUCCUCCCCGCACCUGCCCAAAGGUCACUGGACAGGCAUUUGUCUGGUCUUCCCUUUUACUGCUGGCUGGGAAGGAGGAGCAUCAGACCACAGAUCCUGGAAGGCACUUCUCUCUCUGACUGCUGCUGGCACUGCCGUGAGAACCUGCUUAUAUCCAGGACCAAGGAGUGAGUGGCAAUGCCAGAAAGCUGGUGAAGGGUUUCCUCUCCUCCACCAUGGUUGACAGCACUGAGUAUGAAGUGGCCUCCCAGCCUGAGGUGGAAACCUCCCCUUUGGGUGAUGGGGCCAGCCCAGGGCCGGAGCAGGUAAAGCUGAAGAAGGAGAUCUCACUGCUUAACGGCGUGUGCCUGAUUGUGGGGAACAUGAUUGGCUCGGGCAUCUUUGUUUCCCCCAAGGGUGUGCUCAUAUACAGUGCCUCCUUUGGUCUCUCUCUGGUCAUCUGGGCUGUCGGGGGCCUCUUCUCCGUCUUUGGGGCCCUUUGUUAUGCGGAACUGGGCACCACCAUUAAGAAAUCUGGGGCCAGCUAUGCCUAUAUCCUGGAGGCCUUUGGAGGAUUCCUUGCUUUCAUCAGACUCUGGACCUCCCUGCUCAUCAUUGAGCCCACCAGCCAGGCCAUCAUUGCCAUCACCUUUGCCAACUACAUGGUACAGCCUCUCUUCCCGAGCUGCUUCGCCCCUUAUGCUGCCAGCCGCCUGCUGGCUGCUGCCUGCAUCUGUCUCUUAACCUUCAUUAACUGUGCCUAUGUCAGAUGGGGAACCCUGGUACAAGAUAUUUUCACCUAUGCUAAAGUAUUGGCACUGAUCGCGGUCAUCGUUGCAGGCAUUGUUAGACUUGGCCAGGGAGCCUCCACUCAUUUUGAGAAUUCCUUUGAGGGUUCAUCAUUUGCAGCGGGUGACAUUGCCCUGGCACUGUACUCAGCUCUGUUCUCCUACUCAGGCUGGGACACCCUCAACUAUGUCACUGAAGAGAUCAAGAAUCCUGAGAGGAACCUGCCCCUCUCCAUUGGCAUCUCCAUGCCCAUUGUCACCAUCAUCUAUAUCUUGACCAAUGUGGCCUAUUAUACCGUGCUCGACAUGAGAGACAUCUUGGCCAGUGAUGCUGUUGCUGUGACUUUUGCAGAUCAGAUAUUUGGAAUAUUUAACUGGAUAAUUCCACUGUCAGUUGCAUUAUCCUGUUUUGGUGGCCUCAAUGCCUCCAUUGUGGCUGCUUCUAGGCUUUUCUUUGUGGGCUCAAGAGAAGGCCAUCUCCCUGAUGCCAUCUGCAUGAUCCAUGUUGAGCGGUUCACACCAGUGCCUUCUCUGCUCUUCAAUGGUAUCAUGGCAUUGAUCUACUUGUGCGUGGAAGACAUCUUCCAGCUCAUUAACUACUACAGCUUCAGCUACUGGUUCUUUGUGGGGCUUUCUAUUGUGGGUCAGCUUUAUCUGCGCUGGAAGGAGCCUGAUCGACCUCGUCCCCUCAAGCUCAGCGUUUUCUUCCCGAUUGUCUUCUGCCUCUGCACCAUCUUCCUGGUGGCUGUUCCACUUUACAGUGAUACUAUCAACUCCCUCAUCGGCAUUGCCAUUGCCCUCUCAGGCCUGCCCUUUUACUUCCUCAUUGUCAGAGUGCCAGAACAUAAGCGACCGCUUUACCUCCGAAGGAUCGUGGGGUCUGCCACAAGGUACCUCCAGGUCCUGUGUAUGUCAGUUGCUGCAGAAAUGGAUUUGGAAGAUGGAGGAGAGAUGCCCAAGCAACGGGAUCCCAAGUCUAACUAAACACCAUCUGGAAUCCUGAUGUGGAAAGCAGGGGUUUCUGGUCUACUGGCUAGAGCUAAGGAAGUUGAAAAGGAAAGCUCACUUCUUUGGAGGCACCUCUCCAGAAGCCUGGCCUAGGCAGCUUCAACCUUUGAACUUACUUUUUGAAAUGAAAAGUAAUUUAUUUGUUUUGCUACAUACUGUUCCAGACUUUUAAAGGGGACAAUAAAGGUGACUGUGGGGAGGAGCAUGUCAGGUGUGGGCUUGGUUGUUUUAGAAGCACCUGAGUGUGCCUACCUACUCCUCUUUUCUUUUAAAAGGGCCCACAAUGCUCCAAUUUCCUGUCUCCUUUAGAGAGACAUGAAACUAUCACAGGUGCUGGAUGACAAUAAAAGGUUAUGUUCCUAAA